AUGGGUAACUAUAUGACCAACUACAUGGCUUAUGCCAGCAAUUCUUCAGUGAUGCCAACAGUUGAAGCUGCUACUGUUGAUAAUGAGAAAAAGGACAAGGAGUCGGAGCAGGACAUGGGAGACAAAGUCAUGGUUGCUAUCGAUCCCAGUAAGAAUUGCGAAAAGGCAUUUGAUUUUUACAUGACCAAGUUGUAUCGUCCUGGCGUACAGAUCGUCUUUGCUCACACAACUGAACCACCUUACUAUGGAGGGGCAUCCGUCCUCGAGGGAUUCGGGGGCUGGUAUCAGUCGGAAACGAAAAAAGAAUAUGAAGCAAUGUUGGCGAUGAAGAGGGAACAAACUAACAAGUUACAGCAUCAUUAUAUAAACAAGCUCAAGUCUUAUGGCAUUGAUGUGAAUAAUAAAGAUGCCUACAGGUGUCGUUGCAUGGAGUAUGGUGGCAAUGCCGGGGAAGCACUUGUCCAGAUCGCUGACGAAGAGCAGCCGAUGAUGAUCGUGAUGGGCUCCAGGGGUCUGGGUGUCUUGCGGAGGACCAUUCUAGGAAGUGUGAGCCAUUAUGUGAUGGAAAAUGUAGACUAUCCCGUUUUGGUUCAUAAAGCGAAAACGUGGCUAGAGUGA